ACAUUGAUGGCAGGCAGACAGCUCUGAAAGAAAAAAAUGAGAAAAAGUGAUAGUGCAAAAGAAUAAAAGUGCGUUCGCCCUGCUGUUGAGUUUGCCGACUUGAAAAGAUAUUAUAAAAGAAUCUUCCGAUAAACCGCGAUCUGUAAUCAGAUUUUCUAUUCCUUUGCUCGAAACUUCGUUUUAAAAAUUACGAGUGUUUGUUGUUAAAAGUUUCAAUUUAGUUUAUGCUAGUAAACAAAAGUCAGUGGCUUACUAGAGAUUAGUCAUAUCGUCGCCUGAGAUUUCAAUAAGUGAAUAUGUUGGCACUAAUCAAUCGAAUUUUGGACUGGUUUAAAAGUCUGUUUUGGAAGGAAGAAAUGGAGUUGACGCUCGUGGGCCUGCAGUACUCUGGAAAGACGACUUUUGUCAACGUAAUAGCUUCUGGCCAAUUUUGUGAAGAUAUGAUUCCGACGGUUGGAUUCAACAUGCGGAAAGUAACAAAGGGUAACGUCACCAUAAAAGUGUGGGAUAUUGGCGGUCAACCACGUUUCCGAUCGAUGUGGGAGCGAUACUGUCGCGGAGUUAACGCUAUCGUAUACAUGGUUGACGCUGCGGACCUCGAUAAGAUGGAAGCUUCACGAAACGAGCUGCACUCGCUGUUGGAUAAGCCCCAGUUGGCCGGUAUCCCGGUACUCGUUCUAGGUAAUAAGCGGGAUAUUCCCGGAGCACUCGACGAGACUGGAUUAAUCGAAAGAAUGAACCUCUCCAGCAUACAAGAUCGAGAAAUAUGCUGUUAUAGUAUCUCUUGCAAAGAGAAAGACAAUAUCGACAUUACAUUACAGUGGCUUAUUGCCCAUUCCAAAAGCCAAAGCCGUUAAGUGCACAACAGUGCAAAUUUUAGGUACGGAGAAGGAUCGAGAAGGCCGACUCACAGAGCCUUACCUCGGAUACCUACCAUAAUGUAGAACUUACUAAUACACAAUAGACAGAUAGGAUAACAUUCAGUUCAAGAUUGUCGCUUUACUCCUAGCUACCAAUAUCCUGCAGUAUUUCUACCCGAAUCUCAUGGCGUGAUGUUAUCGGAAUCGUCUAGGUUGUAAUAACAAUGAAAGGUGAAAAUACAUGGAGUCAUGCAGCAAUCAUGAAAGUAGGCAAACCGCAGGAUUAGUAUAAGAGUAAAUUGUCAAAUUGCGAAGUUUGUCUUGUAUUUUAACAAUAUUAUAUUGAUGAUCGAUGAAACCCUGUUAGAAAUGAAAUGCCAUCACCUACAAAAAAUCUCCUAACAAAAAGAAAUGUCGAGCUGCGAGUAUGUACACGCGUAUUCCAUAUACGGACCUAACUGAAGUCUAGUUACGUAAGUAUCCUUCAUUCACCGAAAUAGUUUCCAGUAAAACACAAACUUGCUAUCAAAUAUUUGAGACAAACCAUGCUAUCAAUAAACCGUUGUUAUAUGCGUAGGAACGAAGUUAAAGCAACGGCAUAAAAAUAGCAUAAGCUGACAUUAGGAGAAGCAAAUUUGCAUGAGUGUGAUGUACGAGCGAAUUGAGAUCCAAUCAUAGUAAAAAUAUUCAAAACUGGUUUAAAAUUUUGAUGAUAUCAAAUAUAAAUACCUAUAGCGCUACCGAUAUUUCGAAUGUUAAGAGGCAAGAACCAAACUAUUCAAAUUAAAGCAUUCAGCAAUUACUGUGAAUUCGGUUUUAUGAUCAAAAGAUUUUUUUCCGUUAUAAAAGCUCGAUUCGACUUCAAAUAUUCGGUUCCACGCAGUGAUACAUGCGUGUUAAGUAAUAAUAGACUAGUUGAAUAGUUAAAUAUACAGCGACAUGUGCAGCCAUACCAUCUAGUUUCACAAUACAGUUGCAAUUAUUGGAAUUUUUAUUCUAUUCUCUAUCUUUUUCGAUUUCUAACAAACCUUUUUCAUACUAUUUGUUUGAGAUACUACGAUGAUAACCUUGUGAACAGUUUUAGAUAUAUUACCGCAACGCUUGUUUGUUAAUGUUUUGCGGAUGGAACAAAUUUCUAAAGCGAAGUAUUUUAUCAUAACAACAAUUGUUUUCUUUAAAGUAGCCGAAAGGAAACAAAUAAUUUAAAUUAACAAAUUAGACGCAGCAGACGGAUAUAAAUUACGAUCAAUUGAUUACUAAAAUUUGUACUGUAUAUAAUGACAACAUAUGAUAAUAUAAUAUUAUAUAUGACUACCA